AUGGAGGAAGUCAGAUCAGUUUUGGGAGAACCUUCUUUAUCUAUCUAUCUAACUCAGUCUGUUCAGAUCUAUCUAUCUAUCAGUCUGUCUAUCUAUCUAUCUAUCUCAGCCUGUUCAGAUCUAUCUAUCUAUCUAUCUAUCUAUCUAACUCAGUCUGUUCAGAUCUAUCUAUCUAUCUCAGCCUGUUCAGAUCUAUGUAUGUAUCUAUCUCAGUCUGUUCAGAUCUAUCUAUCUAUCUAUCUAUCUAUCUAUCUAUCUAUCUAUCACAGCUUAUUCACAUCUCUCUCUCUCUCUCUAUAUAUAUAUAUAUAUAUAUAUAUAUAUAUAUAUAUAUAUCAAUCUGUUCAGAUCUAUCUAUCUAUCUAUCUGUGUAAUCAUCUAUUGUGUUCAUAUCAAUCUAUCUACAUACCUAUCUAUCUAUUCUUUUCAUAUCUAUCUGUCUAUCUACUCUGUCCAUGUCUAUCUAUUUUGGUUUUUCGUAUCUAUCUAUCUAUCUAUCUAUCACUGUUUUUCACAUCUAUCAAUCACAGUCAUUUUCACAUCUAUCUAUCUAUCUCUCUGUCUAUCGAUCUAUCUUGCUCCGACCUUUUGAAGCCAAUGACAAUCGAAGGUCCCGCCCCAAACCAGACACCCUGA